AUGUCAAUAACGAUACCCACAGAAACUGAUAUAGAAGGCUCUACAUACUACCAGAUUGACAUAAAACUACCACUUCGCUCAUACUCCAUCAAAAAGCGAUACUCAGAUUUUGAACAGCUAGUUGACACAUUAUGUCAUGAAUUGGGCAUUGAUCACAAGGACUUUCCAUAUGCAUUACCCGGGAAAAGGAUCAACUGGUUAAACAAAUACAAUGUGAUUGAGGAACGGAAGCGAGGUCUCACUGAGUUUCUUAAUGGCAUGAUCAAUGACCGUUCGUUACAGAAUGAGCGUGAGUUUAUAAGUUUCUUACAAUUGCCCAAGAAUUUCAAGUUUCAAGACCGACCUCAAGUGAAUGAUAAAAAUUGGCAUGAGUUGUAUCGUAAAGUUAAAACUGAGCUUUUUGAGGUAUCAACAACUUAUGGUUCAAAUAUCAUCAAAUUGAAAGAGCAGAUUAGGAAAAACAUUCAACCAUCAAUAACCGGUUUAAUUACAUCUAGUGCUAUUGAAGAUAAAGCCGAAUCGCAAAGACGUCGAGAUUUGAUUAGUCAACUACAAUCGAAAAUUGAUGAAAUGUUGAUUCAGCCACAACAACUGAAUGGCAAGGGUUUUUCGCGAGUAUUGGGUGGUAGUGGUCAAGCCGCUAAGGAGACGGAGGAUACACUUGCAUUGAACAACAAGGAGCUUUUACAACAUCAAGUACAAAUACACCAAACGCAAGAUCAAGAAUUGGAUCAAUUGAGAAAAAUUAUUGCUCGGCAGAGACAGAUUGGGGAAACCAUUAGUGCUGAAGUUGAAGAACAAAAUGCCAUGUUGGACAAAUUCAACGAAGAGGUGGAACAAACCACAGAUAAAAUCAAGCAGGCACGGAGAAGGACAAGAAAGAUUUUGUAG